AUGUCGUCAUUUUACAUCUUAACGGGACUGGUAGCAGCAUUUUUAGGUCAUUUGGCGUACAGGAGACUCCGAAGACCUUCAUUCUUUGAUUUGAUUCCUGGCCCCCCAUCCUCUUCCAUCUUAGCUGGAAACUUAUUGGAACUAUCUACCUCUGGUGCUGGUUCGUUACCAUUGAUAUGGCGCCAGCAAUUCCACGAAAACACAGUGCUCCGCAUCAAAGGCCCUUUCUUUAGUGGUGACGGCUUGUUCAUAUCUGACCCGACUGCACUGUGGAAAGUUUAUGAUACGAAUAAUUCAUUUGCUCGGCCACCUUCAAUGACAGCAAUUGGCGAAAAACUGGUUGGAAAAGGUGGAAUUAUCUUAUCUGAAGGUGAAGCACAUCAUCGUAUAAAGCGAAUUAUGCAGCCCGCGUUCAAUGCAGGGCCCGUGAGAAACUUGCUUCCCCACUUCCGACAUGGGGCUUUGGCACUUGUGGACGCAUGGGGAAAUCUCGCUGAUGCACAGGCAGAAUCCGGAAAGAAGGACGCGAAAGCAGCUAUAGAUGUUUUCGACUGGCUAGGAGCAUCUGCUUUGGAUAUGAUCGGCCUCGCAGCGUUCGGAAUGACACUUGGUGCUGUCGGCCGAAUGCAAGGAGCUGAAAGCGUAUCGAAUUUAGCUGAUGUUUAUAAAACUCUUCUCGACACGAUGGGAGCAGAAGAGUCUGCUGUAUCCAUUUUCAUUCGAUACAGUCCCUCUUGGCUGAUUGACAUUCUCACCUUAAUCCCCAACAAGUUGAUGCAAGCCGUAACAAAAUCCCUAGAUAGCGCGAACGAAGCCGCGCGGGCCCUGGUGCAAGAUCGAGUGGAGGCAAUCAAGAAUGGCGAUACGCUCUCAAAUGACGCGCUUACUCUUAUGCUUAAAGCAAACUUGAAUGAAGAUACCAAGUGGCGCUUGACUGAGAGUGAGAUGACAGCGCAGAUUACCUCUAUAUUCUUCGCGGGUCAUGGAACAUCCGCAGCCUUUAUAUCAUGGGCCUUGUAUCAACUCGCAAUGCAGCCUGAGCUUCAAGAUCGUGUUCGAGAAGAAAUUCUAGCCAACGCCCAGCAAUAUGAUGCUGAACAAGACUCGAAUAUCUUCUCAUCGAAAUCUAUGCCUCUAUUUGACGCUUUCAUCAAGGAAGUCAUGCGAUUCUAUCCCGUAGUGCAUUUCAACGAGAAGAUGGCAACAUCAGAUACAGUCCUGAAUCUAUCACGACCUCUCGUACUGAAGGAUGGCUCCACAGUGUCGGAGAUUCCUUGUCCCAAGGGCACGGUCAUUUAUGCUGAUAUCAUUUCCUAUAAUUUCUCCAAAGCUAUUUUCGGGCCAAAUGCCGAUGAAUUCGUCCCUGAACGUUGGUAUACUCCUACCCAAGGCAAGCUUGCGCCUAGUGUCUAUGCAGGCUUGUUCAAUUUUAUCGCUGGACCCAAGGCAUGUUUAGGAUGGCGUUUCUUGAUUCUCGAGUCGCAGGUGAUGUUGUUUGAGCUUAUCCGGAACUUUGUCUUCCAUCCCCCUCAAUGCGAUGUCUUGAAACGCAUGCAGCUAGUGAUGGUCCCGGCGGUGAUGAAAGGGGAGGAGCUUUCCGUGGAGAUGCCGCUAUUUGUCGAACGAGUACAAGGAUAGAUGGAAUUAAUUGAGUUAUUAGUAUCAGGGGAGCCAACAGGCAUCAAUGUAAUAUCUUGUUUUAUGCAAAA